GGGCUGCGCCGCCCCCCGCGCCUGCCUCUCCGCCUGGCUGCUCUCCUUCCCCCUUUCUUCCGUCUUUAGGUAACAACUAUGAUUCGUCAGAUUGCUCUGCAUAUUAAUGAGGGUUCAUUAUAAACGAGAGGAGCUGGAGGGGAUGCGUUCAGAACUAAAGUCGGCAGAGGGAAGGAGUUACAACACUGGGGAGAUCAGACUUGUUGACAUCGUGAUUGCUCCUGAAUAUCGUCCAGCCAUGAAGGGCUUGAUGAGCGCCGCCUUCCUCCUCCUGCUCCUCGUUAUUUGCUCCAUUGAUGUGGAGGCUUAUAAAUGCAAGUGCAUUCGGAAGAGACCGAAGAUCAGCUACAAGGACGUCCAGAAGGUAGAAAUUAAAGCGCGAUACCCCUUCUGUAAAGAGAAAAUGAUCUACGUUACCACGGCUCGUUCCCGGCGUCAGCAAUACUGUCUGCAUCCCAAAUUGCCCAGUACCAGGAAUCUAAUCAACCAUUACACCAAGUGGAUGACAACGCACGCGACCUACGUGGAGUAGAACAUCCACAGGCAUGUGCACAGUGGCUGCGCUUUCUGUAGUGACGGAAUAAUCUACGGAAGUCUGAUUAAAGAUCUUCGUUUCCACUGCAAUGAAAUCUUCUUUCCCUCUCGUGGUAACAUGCUGCUUCACCAGUGGUCACCCACCGUAACAGACCCGCGGAGUCUGGAGGCGUCGGGAGAGCAGCUUCCGGACCAGUCUACAAACUUUCGUCCUCACGACUGUGCAAAUAAUCUAUCAAAUAAAUGACAACGGGGGGGAAGGGUGUUUUUUUCAAUUAAACCAGUGCAAUUUGAUAUUUUUGUAUUCAUUACCUGACAUUCAGAUUUAUAAAACAUGCACUCUUGGUUUUAAUCUAUUGUGUGCAGGAAUAAUUCUUGUUAGGUUGAGCGCCGUGGCUGUCUUGGAGGCAUAGACCUCCAUAAACGCGAAUUAAGGGAAAAAAAUUAAGAAAGAGUUGUAUUGUUUCUUUUCCUGUCUGUGGGAGGGAAGCGACACUUUGCGUUGGAGGAAAGAGUUGUGUGUGUGUGUGUCCCGGGCAGCGGUGCCGUCGCACCCGUGGUUGAUAGGCGUUCUGCAUCUGUCUGUAUUCCUGCUGAUUUGUAUUAAUUACUCCAGUGUGCUAUGUGUAAAUGCAGCAGCAUUUCAGAAUUUGUAGCCUGACUCUAAUGAAAUGCUGAAGUAUCGUUUGCUUCUGACGUAUUUUCAAAUAAAGUUUAAGAAAUGGC